CCCCUCAUCCCCCCUUCUCGCCUCCCCGACACCAGACUUCCCCAAAGCGGGCCGGCCUCCCCGCCCGGCCUCGUCUCGACCAGGCCCGGACCAUGAACGCCACGGGAGCUGGCUAUCCACUGGCCUCCUUGUACGUGGGCGACCUGCACGUGGACGUGACGGAGGCCAUGCUCUACGAGAAGUUCUCCCCCGCCGGCUCCAUCAUCUCCAUUCGCGUCUGCCGCGACGUGGCCAGCCGCCGCUCCCUGGGCUAUGCCUAUAUCAACUUCCAGCAGCCCGCCGAUGCGGAGCGAGCCUUGGACACCAUGAACUUUGAAGUGAUCAAGGGCCGGCCUAUCCGGAUCAUGUGGUCCCAACGAGACCCCGGGCUCCGAAAAUCGGGCGUCGGCAACAUCUUCAUCAAGAACCUGGAUGACUCCAUCGAUAACAAGGCGCUGUACGACACUUUUUCCACCUUCGGAAACAUCCUCUCCUGCAAGGUGGUGUGUGAUGAGCACGGGUCCCGGGGCUUUGGCUUCGUCCACUUCGAGACGCGUGAGGCUGCCAGCCAGGCCAUCAGCACGAUGAACGGGAUGCUCCUCAACGACCGGAAAGUUUUCGUCGGCCACUUCAAGUCUCGGCGGGAGCGCGAGGCGGAGCUGGGGGCCCGGGCGCUUGAGUUCACCAACGUCUACAUCAAGAACUUUGGGGAAGACGUGGACGACAGUCAUCUGAAGGAGAUCUUCGGGCAGUUCGGAAAGACUCUGAGCGUCAAGGUGAUGGUGGACGAAGUGGGUAACUCCCGGGGUUUUGGCUUCGUCAACUUUGAAAAGCACGAGGAAGCGCAGAAGGCGGUGACCAGCAUGAACGGCAAGGAGCUGAACGGGCGGGUGCUGUAUGUGGGCCGGGCCCAGAAGCGCACCGAGAGGCAGAGCGAGCUGAAGCGCAAGUUCGAACAGAUCAAGCAAGAAAGAGUAAAUCGCUACCAGGGUGUGAACCUGUACGUGAAGAACCUGGACGACUGCAUCGAUGACGAGAAACUGAGGAAAGAGUUCUCUCCGUACGGGACCAUCACUAGCGCCAAGGUGAUGACAGAGAGUGGCCACAGCAAAGGAUUUGGCUUUGUGUGUUUUUCCUCCCCAGAAGAGGCUACGAAGGCCGUGACGGAGAUGAACGGGCGGAUUGUGAGCACCAAGCCCCUGUACGUAGCCCUGGCCCAGCGCAAAGAGGAGCGGAAGGCCAUCCUCACCAACCAGUACAUGCAUCGCCUCUCUACCAUUCGCACCCUGGUUGCUCCCAUCAUGGGCUCCUUCCAGCAACCCACUGGCUACUUCCUGCCUGCCUUGCCCCAGCCCCAGACCAGAGCCACGUUCUACGGCCCCAGCCCCGUGGCCCCUGUCCGGCCCGCCCCCCGUUGGGCCGUCCAGCCUCCGAGACCUUCCUCCACCCCACUGAUGCGGACACCUCUAGCACCCCGGCGCUUCCUGUCUGGCAUCAGCACCGUCAAACAGGCCUCCACUCAGGCCUCCCAACCAGCCUCACUCUCGCAGACUGUUGCCAAUAUCGGCACCCAGACCACGGGCCCUGGGAUGCCCGGUUCCUUGACUGUGAGUCGCAGUCCCCAGCAAUUCAAGUACACCCCGGCGGUCCGCAAUGCCCAGCAGGUGGAAGCGGCUGUCCACGUCCUCGGACAAGAGCCGCUCACUGCAUCUAUGCUGGCCAAGGCCCCGCCCCAGGAGCAGAAGCAGAUGCUCGGUGAGCGCCUCUACCACCUGAUCUACCCGCUGCACCCCUCCCUGGCGGGCAAGAUCACGGGCAUGCUGCUGGAGAUUGACAAUUCCGAGGUGCUGUUGUUGCUGGAGUCCCCGGCGUCCCUCCGGUCCAAGAUUGAAGAGGCCGUUACCGUGCUCCAGGCCCACCAGGCCCCAGAACUGCCCAAGAUCCCCGCACCCUUCCUGCACUGAGGGCGGGGGUGGCCCGGGUCAGGCGGGCACCCCACCCUGCGGGACGAGGCCUGGGAGGCGCCGGCUCCUGUCUGACCCCGAAGUUCGUCCGAGCCGACACCUCCCGGGCCCUUGGUGGACCUGCCUCCGCCGUGUCGUGGCGGGAGGCAGAGAGGAACCUGCCUCGGCCUACAUUUUUAGUCAGGGUAGGAGCUGGCUGAGCAGAAGACUCCAUCCCAUUGCGGUUUAGCCUGGCCGUCCCUGGCUAGGAGGAAACCUGCCCCUCCCCGCCAACCCCCUCCCCAUCCCCAACCCAAGGCAGAGACCUGCUUGGUCUCAGGGUCAAGUUGUGGAGAAUAUACUCAAUCCCAGCCCGGGCAGCAGUUGGGAGCAGAACUUCUUCAGUCCCCAGGUCUUCUGUGUCCAUGUGUCCCCCUCUCUGACUCUCCCCUUAUGCCCCCAACACACAUACACCACUCCCAUUACCCCCUUACAUGAGGGGGUGUCAUCCACUCCUUAAGUCAAAAUGAAAUGGACACUGGGUGUCGUCACUCAAAGCGUAGAAGUCCGGCUUUAAGCAAUUGGAGUGAGGGCUGUGUCUCUUGGGAAACGGACGUGAAAUGACUGCAGGGGUGAAGGGCGCUCCGCCGUCGCCUCAAUCCGAGACGUGUCCUGUAAUUUCCUGAUCUGUCUAAAAGGCUGCAGCCGUCUUGUAACGGAGCACCACGUAUUGAAAGAAAUUCCAAUCACUGAGUCCCGCGGUUGCUUUUCGUCGUAGGCUGCCACGGCUGGGUGACCCUUGACCCUCCCCCGGGGAGUGAGGGCUGCGAGGCAGGGUAGGAUUAAUCUUUCUUCUUAACGAAGCCAUGACGGGAGAGCUUCUUCCCGCCUCUGGGUCCACCCCGAAGCUGUGAGCUUCCUCCCCUUCCUUCCCCUGGUUUUUGCUACAAAUUAGCCCAGCCCUGGCCUGAUCUUCCCGUCGGUGGUUCGUGACCGCCCCCGGUCCCCUUUAUGCCCCAGGAAAGCGCCCACCACAAGAUCCACCAGACCUAUCAGGCCUCACCAGCUGCGGGCUGAGGGGGGGGAAGAAGUGAAAAUGAAACCAGUGUCGAACAGCAAUCUUAUUACUUCAUUUAAUAGCUCGUCGGGGUGGCGUCCAGCUCGACGGGAACGAAAGAAUAAAGAAGUCUUUCACGGGUCCGGCCGCUGAGUCCGGGGGAGAACAGAGCCCCCAGAUCCUGCAGCACCCACCACUCCUCCCCGCUCCUCUCGACUUCGGGAGAGGCAGAGGGAAAGUAGCAGCGGGUCUGGCUACCUCAAACUAACGUACAGCACAGCACGUUCAGUUCAGCAUCUUCCCCCAGGCCCGGGCUUCGAGCCCACCUGUCUGUCCAUUUCCCCCUCCCACCCCCCCCCCUCUAAUUUAGGGGAGGAGGGGCUCAGCGGAGACAAGAUGUUUGCUUUUAAACUGGGGGCCGCUCGGCCUAUUCAUAAGCGGGGCAUCCCUAGGGACCCCGCCCUGGUGGAACGGAGCAGGC